UUAUCUAAAUUUAGCACAACUUGACGUGAUCGUUAUGCACUAAGAAAAGUAUUUAGAACUAUAAACUGGUUAAAUGUUUACAGUGUGUACCUGGAAUAGGUUACUGUUACAUGUAUACCUACGAAAGACUUUAUUGACAAAAAGUAUGUCAUGAAAAUCUAUAUAAGUUUGACCUAUUAAAGACAUUCGUUGAGAAGUAUCGUAAUGCAGCCAGCACAAGAUCAACAAUACAGCUUAAAGCAUGCUGAUGACAACAUAACAGAGACAAGAUCAGGGAAGAAGACUAUUGAAGUUUCGGAAUCUACUUUUUUGUCUCCAGAUUACGACGAGAAUUGCUCGACAAGAGGAUUGGCAGUUCUCGUACAGAAUUUUGAUCCAGAAUGCCCUCACAUAGAGAAGUUAAACAGUCAGUGUAACGAACUAAUGGAACUUCUUCAAAGUUAUGAAUAUGGUUUGGAAAUUUUCGGAAAUCGAAUUCAUGAAAAUUUGACAAAAGAUGAUUUAUACACCUUGUGUUCUAGCGUUGCUAAGGAUAUUGACAACAAUGAGAACAACUAUUAUUACUGUCUGUUGUUUGUUAUCCUUGGUCAUGGCUCAUCGGGAAUUAUUAGGUGCAAGACAGAUACAGGAAACACAGAUUAUGCUGAACUAUCAAAGAUAAUGGAGUUCUUUCAGCCUCAGAACUGUGCGGCAUUGGCAUUGAAACCAAAGGUCUUCAUAGUGCAGACAAUGGAACCCAAAGAUCCAAAUCAAGCAGAUGCUCUCGGGAUGCACGAUGACGUUAAAGAGAGAAAGCAGCAGAGAAUACCACGGGAAAGUGAUUUCCUUACUUAUACUUCUGACGAACCAUGUUAUUUAUCGGACAAUAAGUUCCUGAAUUCAAUAGUGAAAACAUUAGAUGACGAACAAAAAACUUGGUACCAAAAAAGCCGCUCUGUGAAUCCGAUACCAGUUACUGAAAUUCAGAGUCUUCUGAUCAAGAUCAAUAGAAAUCUUAAGGAGACAAAUUCAAAAGUGCCAUAUACAACAUCAUCAUUGACUAGGAAAAUGUAUCUACAAAAGAGAACGUUUCAGGUGUGACCAUGAAGGGACUGCUAUUCUGUCCAUUGUAUCGACUUUACGAUUCCUGAAUACACCUUUAGUGGAACAAGUUAAUUGCAAUGCUAUAUUCGAAUGAAAUUAAUUAUUUAUAUAUUUUUUUUAAAAACGA